AAGCUAACAAAAUGUCAAGCACAAAUGCAGAGGAUGCCCAGAAGCAGGAACAUGUAGAGGAUACAAGCAAAGACCAAGUUAACGAAGACUCGCCUGAAAAUAACCCAAUGCAUGAACACGGAAUAGAAGAACAUCCCAUGCCAUCACCUCAGCAAGAGGAAGAAUUACUCAAGAAGAAAUAUGGAGGAAUUUUAUCCAAGAAAACUCCUUUGAUAUCCAAGGAUCAUGAGCGUGCAUUCUUUGAUUCUGCUAAUUGGGCUCUUGGAAAGCAAGGAAAAGCAAAGCCUAAAGGACCACUCGAGGCACUCCGACCAAAAUUACAGCCCACACCACACCAGCAAGCGCGAUCCAGACGAUCAGCUUAUGCUCCAGCAGGCGAGGGUGAAGGAGUUGAUUCUGUUUGA